AUGGAUUCUUUCGAAUAUAAUUCCAACCCUAGCCGCGUUGUCUUCGGCAGCGGCACACUGCAGAAACUACCGGAUGAGAUCGCCCGUCUACAAGUGAAUUCCCCACUGGUGCUUUCUACACCCCAUCAAAUCAACCAGGCCAAUAGUGUCAAGGAUGUGCUUCAGGGCCAGGUGGCUGGAAUUUUCACCGAGGCGACGAUGCAUACCCCAACACAUAUCACGGACAAGGCACUCGAAUAUGCAAAGGCGCAGGGUGCUGACGCGGUGAUCUCCAUUGGGGGUGGAUCGACGAUCGGGCUGGGCAAGGCGAUCAGCAUUCGCACAGGGCUGCCUCAUAUUUGCAUUCCGACUACUUAUGCAGGCAGUGAAAUGACUCCUAUCUUGGGAGAGACUGAAAAUGGACUGAAGAAGACGCGUUCCGAUCCGAAGAUCUUGCCUGGAACGGUGAUUUAUGAUGUUGACUUGACGAUGACCCUUCCGGCAGCUAUGAGUGCUACCAGUGGAGUAAAUGCCAUUGCUCAUGCGGUUGAGGCACUCUAUGCCCGCAACACUAAUCCUAUCAUCAAUAUGAUGGCUAUUGAAGGUACUCGGGCUCUUGCAGCUGCUCUGCCAGAAAUUGUCGAGGACCCAACUUCCCAAUCUGCCCGCUCCAAGGCUCUAUACGGUGCUUGGCUGUGCGGUACCUGUCUUGGUAGUGUAGGCAUGUCCAUCCAUCACAAACUGUGCCACACUCUUGGUGGUAGCUUCAAUCUCCCUCAUGCUGAGACUCACACCGCCGUUCUGCCUCAUGCCAUCUCUUACAAUGCCCCCAAUAUCCCGGAGGCUAUGAAGCAACUCGCAGAUGCACUGCCAGACAGCGAUGGCGAUGCGAUCCGUGGUUUGAAUGUUUUGUUGGCCAAGUUGAAGGUGGAACGGGGACUGAAAGCCUUUGGUAUGAAGGAAGAAGACGUUGACAAGGCGGCUGAUAUUGCUGUUUCUAACCCGUACUGGAAUCCCCGUGCGGUUGAGAGGACCCCGAUCCGUGAGUUGAUUCGAAGGGUCUGGGCAGGUGAACAGGCAAGCGCAAACCUGUAA